AUCUCCGCCUACAGACACACCAGCAUCAAAAGAUCCAGUCACCUGGCAUUAAUACUAUAAAGCCAGCAUCACAAAAAGCGCAGCAACGACGUUACUAACAUCAGAACUCCUUCAGUAUCUACUCAGCUGUAUUUUCUAUAUCUUUUGUGAAGCGCAUGUCUCUCUUAAUUCAAGGACUUUCUCCAACAUAACGAGCAAACGAGGCGUUUUGAAAAGCUUUUGUGUUUUCACUUCAGUGGAGAAAUACUGACAUACAAGUAAACAAGCUUUAUCUGAUGGGAUGCUACAGAAAGCAGUGGGCAGUCAAUGGGCUUUGGUCAUUGGUGAAUACACAUGAGUCUGUAAGUAAUACUGAUAAAGGAACACAGGACCGAGAGCCGUGGACAGUACAGGUGCUUAUAAAGUGUCCUAACAUAUGUAGACUCUGCUGUGGUUAAUAGAGGAAAAUAUUGACAGUGGAAGACAGGAGGAACAGCAAAGUCAAGUUGUGGCAUUAGUGAACAAUCCUGUCAUCAGCUCCUCACAUAACCACCCAAAGAGUGUAGGGGCGGCCCUCAACCUCAGUGAAAGCCAUUCCUUUCCACCCUCUGUCUCCCUCUCGUAAUCUUAGAGCCAAGAAUGUCCCUGUUUCCUUUCACCCGUCCGGUUGUGACAACAGUGCUGCUGUUAACCCUUACAACAAUUCUGACUGUUACCCAGGAUCAAGAAUUUGAUGAAGCUUACUACAAACCUUUGCCUCCUGGCUAUUCUUUUGGUUACCUUCAGACAAAUACAGUGCAACGAUUCUAUUAUAGACAAAGUCUACUGGAAUGUGCCUUCUAUGCUCUACAGAGCCAAUCGGAAUUCUUUACUUACAACGAAGUCAGCCAUGUUUGUAAGAAUUACUCACCGAAAAAUAUAAUGACAGUCGUCAGCACGAAUGACACCAACGAGUCUUCCUUCUAUAGAAAAAGAAAAUGGGUCAAAGCAUAUUUCCUAUCAAUGGGAGCUGGUUCAUUAGUCUAUAAUUCAUUUAUGAAUAUAGGAAAUCCUUCAACCUGGAAAGUAGAGAAAUGCAUCGAUAACUUUUGUCCUAACUUCUUCCGAAAUCCUAUUCUCGACUUCUGGAGCGAUCUUUCCAUCGAGGAGGUGAAACUAGUGAUUUAUAAAAACCAAACAGCUGUAGUUGAUAUGGUGUUUGAUGGACGAAAUACAACCCUUGAAAGCUGGUUCUCUCCUGAAAAGUUGAUAAGUUCUCCUUGGUCCGAUCUACCUCAAAGCUAUUGCUUGCCUACAAUCCGUGUAUAUUUUUGGAGUUGCUCAGUAGUAUCUGAAUGCCUUAAUUUGUUGUUUAUGCACAUUUACACAGCUGCUGACAGCAUUAGCAACAAUAGCAAUAACAGCAUCAGUGACAACAUUUGCAGUUCCCACAAUGGCAGCAACACUAACAAUAACAACAGCAGCAUCACUAUCAACACCAGACUUACCAAUAGCUUCCCUAACAUCUACAGUAGUAGACCGGACAACCCCUAUAGGUGCAACAACAACAGGUCCAGUGCCAUCACCAGCUAUAACAGCAGCAACAGUGACCCUGGCAGAAACACCAGCAGAACCUCAGCUAAUGACACCUCUGGCAGCAAUGGCAACUCCCCUACUGUUGGCAAGGACUGCAACAAUAACAAUGGUGCCUUAACUAUAACCAGCAGUGGUGAUAACAUUACUGAUGUCACCACUUCAAGUAAUGCCAAUACCAGCAGUCACAGCUCCAACAACUAUGUCGGUGACAGCAGCAGCAACAACAACAGCAACAGCAACAACACCAAUAGGUACAGCACCAACAACACACGCCCACAUAGAAACAUCAGAUGUUCUGGGAAAUCUUUCAAGCAGUGUAUUUCCAAUCAUGUCUUCUUCCAAAGUUCUUGA